GCUGUGUGUAGUUCUCUCUGCAAUACGAGCUGGGUACCGGCAGCACCCUCUGUUCCUGGGACUCUGCAGAGAGAAAAGGAACCGUUCAUCAGAGACGAUGACCCCCGGAGGGAACCCCAGUACUGAGACUGCAGCCCCAGCAGAGAAGAGAAAUAGACCACAGCUUUGCUCUUGGGUCCUGCUCAUUUCUGCCAUUGUCCUCAAAGCAAGUCUCAUAUCCAUCUGUCUCGUCGCUCCCUUCUUCCACAGUGGUGACCAGCCCACAGCCCUGCAGCAGAAAUUCUCGGAGCUUCAGUGCAUCUUGGAGGUGCUACAAGGCAAAGAGCAAGGCUGGAUCUGCUGCCCAAAUGGCUGGAAACGCUUUCAAAAAAGCUGCUAUUAUAUGUCGACUGAUGAAAUGUCCUGGGCUGAGAGUGUGCAGAACUGCACUGGGAUGGGCUCCCAGCUGGUGGUGAUCAACAGCAAAGCAGAGCAGGGUUUCCUCACUAUCGAGCUACAACAGUUUCCAAAAGGAACGAAUUACUACAUCGGUCUGUAUGCACAGGAGGUGGGCAAGUGGCAGUGGGUGGACCAGACUCCAUUGAAUGAGGAGGCAGCGUUCUGGCGGAAAGGGGAACCUACUAACAUCGAUUAUGAGAACUGCACUGUAAUCCAUACGAGUUCAGAUAUAUAUAACUGGAAUGAUAUCCGAUGCGAGAGUCAUUAUCGGAUUUGUGAAGCUGCAGCACUAACUGAUGGCGCGACCCUCAUCCUGAGUUCAACUGGGAGAUGAGCAGUGAGAUGGAAACAGCUGAGGGCUGUGUUGGGAGGGGAGGGGGGCCCUGAAUCCUGUAUUUUCACUCUGCUGGGUGGGACGAUGUGAAUGGAAGUGAUAUUACCCCGUGUCCAGCAUCCCCAGUGCAUGUAUUGGCUCAGGGAACACAUGAAGGCUCAGGGAACACAUGAAGGCUCAGGGUCAUCAAAGCAGGUCCUGGGCUCUUGUGUGCUCUUCUCUCUGAGUGGGUCUGGCAGCCACCGUGUGAAAAGAGGUUGAGUUCUCCAGAAAGAAGAAACGGGAAUGGAAGACAGAUGUUCAGAGCUGCAGUUUCCUUUGUCUCCUUGGGCAGAGGCGUCUGCUUUUUCU